GCCACCAUGCCGCGCCCGGGCCCCCGCCUGUGGCUGGUCCUGCAGGUGAUGGGGGCGUGCGCCGCCAUCAGCUCCAUGGACAUGGAGCGUCCGGGAGACGGCAAGUGCCAGCCCAUCGAGAUCCCCAUGUGCAAGGACAUCGGCUACAACAUGACCCGCAUGCCCAACCUCAUGGGCCACGAGAACCAGCGCGAGGCCGCCAUCCAGCUGCACGAGUUCGCGCCGCUGGUGGAGUACGGCUGCCACGGCCACCUCCGCUUCUUCCUGUGCUCGCUCUACGCGCCCAUGUGCACCGAGCAGGUCUCCACGCCCAUCCCCGCCUGCCGGGUCAUGUGCGAGCAGGCCCGGCUCAAGUGCUCCCCGAUCAUGGAGCAGUUCAACUUCAAGUGGCCCGACUCGCUGGACUGCAGCAAACUCCCCAACAAGAACGACCCCAACUACCUGUGCAUGGAGGCGCCCAACAACGGCUCGGACGAGCCGGCGCGCGGCUCCGGCUUGUUCCCGCCGCUCCUGCGCCCGCAGCGGCCCCCGGGCGCGCAGGAGCACCAGCUGAAGGAGGGGGGCGCGGGGCGCGCCGGCUGCGCCAACCCCGGCAAGUUCCACCACGUGGAGAAGAGCGCGUCGUGCGCGCCGCUGUGCACGCCCGGCGUGGACGUGUACUGGAGCCGCGACGACAAGCGCUUCGCCGUGGUCUGGCUGGCCGUGUGGUCCGCGCUGUGCUUCUUCUCCAGCGCCUUCACCGUCCUCACCUUCCUCAUCGACCCCGACCGCUUCCGCUACCCCGAGCGCCCCAUCAUCUUCCUGUCCAUGUGCUACUGCGUGUCCUCGCUGGGCUACAUCAUCCGCCUCUUCGCCGGCGCCGAGAGCAUCGCCUGCGACCGCGACAGCGGGCAGCUCUACGUCAUCCAGGAGGGCCUGGAGAGCACGGGCUGCACGCUGGUCUUCCUGGUCCUCUACUACUUCGGCAUGGCCAGCUCGCUCUGGUGGGUGAUUCUCACGCUCACCUGGUUCCUGGCUGCGGGCAAGAAGUGGGGCCACGAGGCCAUCGAGGCCAACAGCAGCUACUUCCACCUGGCAGCCUGGGCCAUCCCCGCGGUGAAAACCAUCCUGAUCCUGGUCAUGCGCAGGGUGGCGGGCGACGAGCUCACCGGCGUCUGCUACGUGGGCAGCAUGGACGUGAACGCGCUCACGGGCUUCGUGCUCGUCCCCCUGGCCUGUUACCUCAUCCUGGGCACGUCGUUCAUCCUCUCGGGCUUCGCGGCCCUCUUCCACAUCCGCAGGGUGAUGAAGACGGGCGGGGAGAACACGGACAAGCUGGAGAAGCUCAUGGCGAGGAUCGGACUGUUCUCCGUGCUGUACACGGUGCCGGCCACCUGCGCCAUCGCCUGCUACUUCUACGAGCGCCUCAACAUGGAGUACUGGAAAGUGCUGGCCACGCAGCACAAGUGCCGCGUGAACAACCAGACCAAGACGGUGGACUGCCUGAUGGCGGCGUCCAUCCCGGCCGUGGAGGUCUUCCUCGUGAAGAUCUUCAUGCUGCUGGUGGUGGGCAUCACCAGCGGCAUGUGGGUCUGGACGUCCAAGACGCUGCAGUCCUGGCAGCACGUCUGCAGCCGCAGGUUCAAGAAGAAGAGCCGGAGGAAACCCGCCAGCGUCCUCACCCACAGCGGGAUUUACAAAAAAGCCCAGCAUCCCCAGAAAACGCACCCGGGGAAAUACGAAAUCCCCGCCCCGUCGCCCACCUGUGUGUGAGCGGGCUGGAGGGGG